AUGUGGAAACUCGGAGAUUUUGCCCUAUCUCGCGACGACUCCUCAAGCCAUCCUGUGCUCAGUGGGGGGCAGCGUGGCUAUUCCGUGAGCCGAGCGCAGGUUCGUCUUCCCGGCUCUUUCUCUAAGGUGGUAAAGGCGCGCGAGCCUACACCACACCUAUCCAGAACAAGCCCGGGAUUAAAUUUCUCAGUGUCUGAGGAUGGUGGGUCGUCUCUGAAUACUUGCACUUCAGUUAUUCUAGGCAUCCCAGUGAAGCUGAUUGAUGUCAGGAUUCCGCGCGCGGACCGAGUCGCGUACUAUGUGCUUGCUAAUUGCAUUCGUAGACAUCAGAUCAGAGCGCAAGAAUCUAUGAGCGUUCAACAUCCGACGCUACCCGUUUCCGACGAAAUUAUCGGGAUAAUUCCAGACACCAAGGCAUUGAUCGAAAUUCAGAGCCUUGAACUGGAGACCAUUAUAAUAGGCCAGAAUUAG